AUGGCUCGCAUCCUCAUCACAGGCUCUACAGAUGGCUUCGGACUGGAAGCCGCCCGCCAGCUCAUUGAGCGUAAACAUACCGUCUAUCUCCAUGCCCGCAACGAAGCGCGGGCCGAAGACGUGAAAGCGAAAUGCCCCGGUGCAGCCGGCGUCCUGAUCGCAGACCUGACCAGCGUGGCCGAGAACCGCAAGCUUGCCGAAGAAGCCAACGCCAUCGGCGUCUUCGAUGCAGUCAUUCUCAACGCCGGAAUGCUGGCCGGUCCCUUCCGCAAAACACCAGAGCUUGGCGUACCCGCCGCGCCCUUCGUCAACGUUGUCUCACCUUAUCUCCUCGCUUGUCUCCUCAAACACCCCAAGCGUUUAAUUUUCAUUGCCUCCACCCUUCACCACCAAGCGAGCCCGGACGUGAAGGAUAUUUUCUGGCUCGAGCGCGGCGAGAAGGAAUUUGAAGCAUUCCCCGCGUACUGCGAUUCGAAGCUUCACGUGAUGCUUCUUGCUAAUGCGGCCGCAAGGCGUUUCAAGGACACUUCGGUCAUUUCGGUGCAUCCUGGAUACGUUGCUACCAAGCUUGGUGGCUCGGGGGGUACCGAUAAGCUGGAGGAUGGUGUCGAGACAUAUGUGAUGUUGGCUGAAGGUGAUUACGAUCAAAAUCUCACCGGUGUCUACUACGAGCCCAAGAAGAAGCUCGCUGUGGCGCGUGCAGAUACAGCCGAUGAAGAUAAGCAGGAGGUGGUUGUUAAAGCUUGCGAGAACCUUACGGGUCUUAAGUUGGCUUGA